GCUGGACAAAGGCAGCCAGACAUAUUCAUGUUCUGGAAUCACCGGACAGGCCUGCUGUUCUUCAGAAUGGAGUCUUGGAGACUUCUGAGCAUCCUGGUCUUAUUCACCAUUCUAGUGACUGUCCAGGGAUAUGGUCUGACUGACUGGAUCUUUCCCAGGAGAUGCCCCAGAAUCCGGGAGAAAUGUGAAUUCAGAGAAAGGGAUGAAUGUACAAAGGACAGACAAUGUCUGGACAACAAGAAGAAGUGUUGCAUCUUCAGCUGUGGAAAAAAAUGUUUAGACCUCCACCAAGACGUAUGCACCAUGCCUAAAGAACCUGGCCCCUGCAUGGCGUUUUUUCAUCGUUGGUGGUACGAUAAGGAGAAGAAUACCUGCUCCAGUUUCAUCUAUGGUGGCUGCAAAGGAAACAACAACAACUUCCAGUCCAAAGCCAUGUGCCAGAACAUGUGCCCCAGCAAUCGUUCCUAAUCGUCAGUGCAUAAGGAUGCACCUGAACAACUACCAGGAGUUGGCUCGCGAUCCAAGGCUCUAUCCAUACACCUGACCGAUGCUCCAUGUUGGCUUCCACUCUUCCACUCCACAUUCCAAGGGCUUGGUUCUUCCCCAGACAGAGCCCCGGGAAGUGCAUUCCCCUUUCUCUAGCUCAGCCUCUUUUUACACAUGGUAUCAUUCUCUUUUGAUCCCAUCUCUAUGCUUCUUUCCUUUAUGUUGGAUGUCUACAGCCCCCUGUGUAUACCUGCAUAGCUCCCAGUUUUCCCCAAUAAAGUACUCUGUUUAGUCCUGUG